UCAACAGAAAGUGAAAGUGAGUGGCCAAACCAGUGCGACCGGUGAUAAGUUCUUCCAAUUGUGUUCUAGGGUUUAGGGCAGCUCGCGUUUGCAGCCUCUAUCAGUGUUCGUUAACUCAUCUCUUGGCGUCGUUUUCUUCGGUCGGGUUUUCUUCGUUAGUUGCACGACUUCAUCCUCGAGAGUUUCUGCCAAUCGACGUAGAGAGAACUAAAAGUAACAAUGACUUCUCGAUUUUGGACUCAGGGUGGAGACAGUGAUUCCGAAGAGGAGGAAGAGGAACAGAGCGAGUUUGGUGAUGGUAGUGAUGCUGGCGGUGUGGCUAGUGUACCCGCAGGUGGUGCUAACCGUUACCUCCGUGAAAAUGCCAGCGACUCUGAUGAUUCUGAUGGCCAGCACCGGGUCAUCAAAUCAGCCCGUGACAAGCGUUUUGAUGAGAUGGCUGCCACGGUUGAGCAGAUGAAGAAUGCCAUGAAGAUCAAUGACUGGGUCAACCUACAGGAGAAUUUUGAGAAGAUUAACAAGCAGCUUGAGAAGGUUGUUCGGGUCACUGAGUCUGAGAAAGUACCCAAUCUUUACAUCAAGGCCCUUGUUAUACUGGAGGAUUUCCUUGCACAAGCUCUAGCCAACAAGGAUGUAAAGAAAAAGAUGAGCAGCAGCAAUGCAAAGGCCCUUAAUUCCAUGAAGCAAAAGCUGAAGAAGAACAACAAGCAGUAUGAGGAGCUGAUAACAAAGUAUCGGGAGAAGCCUGAAAGUGAGGAUGAGGGUGAGGAGGACGAGGAGGAGGAGGACGAGGAUGAAUCCGGAUCUGAGGUUGAGGAGGAUCCAUCAAAGAUCGAUAUGUCUGAUAUGGAGGAUGACGACGAGGAUGUCGAUGCAGAAGAUGCAGAUGAGCAGACUGAGGGAGAUGGAGCUUGGGAGAAGAAGAUGAGCAGGAAGGAUAAGCUUAUGGACAAGCAAUUCAUGAAGGACCCAAGCGAGAUUACUUGGGAUGUUGUUGACAAGAAAUUUAAGGAGAUUGUUGCAGCCAGGGGAAGGAAAGGGACUGGCAGAGUUGAGCAAGUUGAACAACUCUCUUUCCUGACACGAGUUGCCAAGACACCCGCUCAGAAGCUUGAGAUUCUUUUUAGUGUGAUAUCAGCACAAUUUGAUGUAAACCCAAGCUUGCUUGGACAUAUGCCAAUCAAUGUGUGGAAAAAAUGUGUUGUGAAUUUACUUCUUGUUUUGGACAUCCUUGAGAAGUAUCCUAAUAUUGUUGUUGAUGACACAAUCGAGCCCGAGGAGCGUGAGACUGAGAAGGGUGUGAACCACAAGGGUACAAUACGUGUAUGGGGUAGCUUGGUUGCUUUUCUUGAAAGGCUGGAUUCAGAAUUUUUCAAGAGCUUGCAGUGUACUGACCCACACACAAGGGAAUAUAUUGAGAGGCUUAGGGAUGAGCCAUUGUUCUUUGUAAUUGCACAAAAUGUGCAGGAUUAUCUUGAAAAGGUUGGGGAUUUUAAGGCAGCCUCAAAAGUGGCAUUGCGACGGGUUGAACUUGUGUAUUACAAGCCUCAGGAGGUAUAUGAUGCUAUGAGAAAGCUGGCAGAACAAGAUGAGGUUGCUGAUGGCAUUUCAGAAGGAGAUGGAGUCAAUGAGCCCCAAGCAGUUGAGGAGCAUAAAGGCCCACCUGCAUUUGUUGUUAUUCCUGAGCUUGUUCCAAGGAGGCCUACAUUUCCAGAGAGCAGCAGGACAUUUCUAGAUUCUUUGGUGUCUCUAAUAUACAAAUAUGGGGAUGAGAGGACUAAGGCUAGAGCAAUGCUUUGUGAUGUUUACAACCAUGCCAUAAAUUUGCGUGAAUGGGCUCUAGCUCUAAUGGCUGAGCGUUUCUACCAACCUUUCCCAAGCGCAGGAGAGUGUCUUGCCAUGAACCGAUAG